AUGUGGGGCUACCGUUUGGCCCAGGGAUUUGUCUUUGCCAUCGAGGAGAUCAACAGGGACUCCCGCCUGCUGCCCAACCUCACGCUAGGCUUCUCCAUCUGGAAUUCUGGGGACUCGGUGUCCAGAGCCCUCCAGGAGGCCAUGGGCUUCCUCACAGGCCAGGAGGAGCCAAUUCCCAACUAUGUGUGUCAGGCCAGCCCUCCCAGAGCUGCCCUGGUUGGAGACUCACGCUCUGCCCUGUCCAUCCCCCUGGCCAGGCUGCUGGGACUCUACAAGUUCCCCCAGGUCAGCUACGCAUCCACUCUAGCCAGCCUCAGUGACAAGACCCAGUUCCCUUCCUUCCUGAGGACCGUGGCCAGUGACCUCACGUGCUCCUACAUGGUGGCCCAGCUGGUGCUCCAUUUCAGAUGGUUCUGGGUGGGUGUUCUGGCCCAGGAUGAUGAUCACGGCCAGCAGGGCAGUGCUCUGGUGACCUGGGAGCUGGUUCAGGCUGGUGUCUGUAUUGAGUUCCACCUGCUUGUCCCCUCCAAGCAUUCCCUGGAGAAGACCCAAGCCAUCAUCCGCAAGAUGGAAGUCGGCACAGCAAAGAACAUUUUGGUCUUCCUAAGCAAUUCAAAUUUCCACCUUGUUCUUCAGGGGCUGCUGGGCAGGGGGGUCUUGGGCCGGGUGUGGGUCAGCCAGGACACACUACACAGUGUGCUGGCCCUGGCCAUCCCAGGCAUCUCACAGGUCUUGCAGUGCUCCUUCAGCCUUAUGCCACACCACAAACAGGUCUCCGGCUUCCCAGAAUUCCUUGCUCACCUGCAUCCCACACGGAAUCCAGGAGACAUCUUCACCAAGAGGUUCUGGGAGGUGACCUUUGGAUGCACAUGGCCCCACAGUAGCCUAAGACCAGCGGGGAACAGUACGGCUACAGGAGGGGUUCGGUUCUGCUUGGGGAAUGAGAGUCUAAGAGGCCUGGAGUACCCUUUCCAGAACGUGAGUAAUGUGGAUGUUGCAUACUCAGCAGUCUACAGUAUUGCCCAUGCUCUGCAGGAUCUGGUAAGCUGUGAGCAUGGCAAUGGACCAUGUGCAGACACGCACAACUUCCAGCCCUGGCAGCUUCUGCAUCGCCUCAGGAAUGUGCAUUUCAAUACCCCGGAUGGGAGAGAGAUAUCAAUUUUUUAUUCCAACGGAGAUAUAGUCACAGAAUUUGACAUUCUCUACGGGCAGAAAACUCCCGAGGACUUAUUCACAUUUGUCCACGCUGGUACCAUUAGCCAGCAAGCCUCUUCAGGGGAAAGGGUGAGCAUACACUGGACGAAGGAGGAGCCUCAGGUCCCUAGCUCCGUUUGCAGCGCAAGUUGCACUCCAGGCUCCAGCCAGAUCCCCCUACAGGGCGCCCCCCACUGCUGUUUCGAGUGCAGUUCACAAACCAGACAGAUGUGGCUUCUGUCUCCCACAGACAUGAAGCAGUGUCUUCCGUGCCCCAUGGAGCAGUACUCCAGCCAAGCCAGAGACCACUGCCUGCCUAGGACAGAGAACUUCCUGGCCUUUGAUGAGCCCCUGGGACUCACACUGACUGUAGCGUCACUCACACUGGCCAGCCUGGCGCUGCUGGUGCUGGUGGUGUUCCUGAAAUACCAGCACACGCCCGUGGUCAGGGCCAACAACAGAGCUCUCAGCUACACACUCCUGGCCUCCCUGGCCCUCUGUGCCCUCUGCCCCUUGCUCUUCCUUGGCCGUCCCACCGUUGCCACCUGUCUCCUCCGCCAGACCACUUUUGCCACUGUGUUCACCGUGGCUCUCUCCUCCGUCCUGGCCAAAACCCUCACCGUGGUCCUGGCCUUCAGGGUCACCAGGCCAGGGGGCAGGGUGCGGGUGUGCCUGGGAUAUGGCGCCUCCGCCUCCGUCGUCCUCAUGGCCUCCUUGAUCCAAGUGAUCCUCUGUGGGGUCUGGCUGGGCACCUCUCCACCAUUCCCAGACAGGGACACAGCCUCCGAGCCCAGCCUCGUCGUUGUCCAGUGCCACGAGGGCUCCGGGGCCGCCUUCUCCCGUGUCCUGGGCUACUUGGGUCUCCUGGCCGGGGGCACCUUCUCGGUGGCCUUCCUUGCCAGGGGUCUGCCCGAUGCCUUCAACGAGACCAAGUUCCUCACCUUCAGCAUGCUUCUCUUCUGCAGCGUCUGGGUGGCCUUCCUGCCCCUGUACUACAGUGCCCGAGGCAAGGCCACCGUGGCCAUGGAGAUCUUCUCCAUCCUCAUGUCCUCUGCGGGGCUGCUGUGUGGCAUCUUCAUGCCCAAGUGCUACGUCAUCCUGCUGAAGCCCAAGAGGAACACCCCGGCCCGGCUGAGCAGUGGGCGCCAGGCUCAGUGAGACAGGCAGAGCCAGGAGCCGCAGGGCAGGCCUCCCCCAGGCCGUCAUCAUCACCACAAGGCCUCCUAG